AUGCCCGAGCUUUCCAGUAUUGAACUCUCGGAAAUUGAAGUUGUUGGAGUUCUUCGCAAACUAAAUUCACGAAAGGCGUGUGGUCCAGAUAACAUUCCGAACAGACUGCUGAUCGAACUUGCGGACGUUAUUGCACCUUCGUUAUGUGAGAUAUUUAACAUGUCAUUGAAUCUUGGUGUAGUACCUCUUAAAUGGAAAAUGGCGAACAUUACACCCGUAUUCAAACGCGAAGAUCCAACGCUGGCAAUGAACUACAGGCCAAUCUCACUACUUCGCACUUUGUCGAAAGUCCUAGAACGUUGCGUUCACAAUCAUUCCUACCAGCAUCUCGAGCCACACAUUUAUCAAAUGCAGCAUGGUUUUAUACGAAGAAAAUCCACAACCACACAGCUGCUUGAAGUAUACCAUGAAAUUCUGGAAUCAGUCGCAAGUGGGAAUGAAGUUGAUGCCAUAUACCUGGACUUUUCAAAGGCAUUUGAUAAAGUACCGCAUCAUCUUCUUUUGCGUAAGCUUGAGACUUUGGGAAUCAGGGGAUCUCUAUUAUCUUGGUUCCAAAGCUACCUCACAGAUAGACAACAAAGAGUCGUUCUUCACGGCGUUUGUUCUGAAUGGCUUCCCGUAACAUCAGGUGUGCCACAAGGUUCUAUACUCGGACCCUUGCUAUUCCUUGUUUACUGUAACGACAUUCCAACCUACAUCGAAAAUAAUUCUACACUUGCGUUAUUUGCGGACGAUUCAAAGCUUUACCGACCACUUUUGUUUCCCACAUCUUCUACUUUACUUCAACUUGAUCUUUCCAAUAUAACAAACUGGACUGCUGAUAAUCAAAUGGAACUAAACGCAACAAAAUGUAAGACCAUGCACUUCUCAAGAAAAAGAGCACCUACGCGAACUCAGUAUUCAAUCAAUGAGAACAUACUCGAACAAGUGUCGACCUUCAAGGACCUUGGUGUGCUCAUAUCCAACAACCUAUCCUGGUCGAAACACAUAGAAAGCAUUGUAUCCAAGGCUAAUAUAAUAAAACACUUGGUCUCAUCAAAAGGAUUUGUAAAGAAGUGAAGAAUACCAACACAAGAAGAAUUCUGUAUUGUGCGCUGGUAAGACCCAAGCUAGAAUACGCAAGCAGCGUGUGGUCGCCUUACACCAUUAAGCAUUGUUUGCUCAUCGAGAAUGUUCAACGGCGGGCCACAAAAUUUAUCUUGAAUUAUCCUGACAACAUGUCGUACGUGGACCGGUUGCAGAAAACAAAUCUUCUACCACUGGAAUUCCGAAGAGAACUUUCUGAUCUGAUACUGCUGUUCAAAUCCAAACACCACCUCAUAACAAUGGAUAUAAACAAAUAUUUAUGCACUUACAAUCCCAGCUAUCAAUCUCGCAACUAUGACGAAAAUAACUUCCACCUCAUUAUAAAACAUAAUCAGGAAUACUUUAAAAACUCUUACUUUAUUAGAUCAGCAAAACUUUGGAACAGCCUACCAACUGAAAUUAAGAAAUCCAGUAGUUUAUGUUCGUUUAAAACUCGUUUAAAUAACUUAUAUAGUAUCAAGUCAAAAUCAUACAAACUUCCCAAUAACCGUAGCUAAUAUUUAGUUUUGUGAAGAAAAUGUUUGUAAUAUAAGUACUAAGUAUUUAGUUCAGUUCAGUAAAGUUCACCCACUAGCUCGGUGUACGAACAACCGUAUAUCAGUUAGAAUUUAUAUAAUGAUCAAGUUCAGAUUAGUGUUAAGCUUUCGUUUGUUCUCACACCGAGAAAGUGCCUAUGAAGUAUAUAUGGGGUGAGGUAUUAAUUGGGACGUAAGUCCUGUUCCACAUUCCAGUCACGUGUGUUGUCCUGUAGCUUGUUAUGUAUAUUGUUUUAUCAGUGUCAUUGUAAAUAUUUGUGACAAAUUUAAUAAUAUAAUAUAUAUAUAUAGUAAUUUCAAAAUCCUCAUACCCAAUUCGCAAAUAUAGUUAUUCAAAGCAAAACAGUAGAUUGUCUAGCGAAUAAAAGAAUUAUUAUUUUGUGCCGUUUCGCUACACCUUGUCAACAUAUAUAAAUGUGUUGCUUCAAACUUUAUGAUAAAAAACCCGAUUUUCUAGACGUGUAUACAAAUAAAAAUAGUAAGUUUAUACUAUAAAUGAGUUUAUUUUACCUGUAUUGGUUUAAAUUCGCUGUUAAGUUGCAAAUAAUUCUGUUUGAGAACGCAACAAUUGGGCAUUUCGCAAUCAGCUCAGUUUCAGGGCAGUUUUGGCCUUGUUGUUGGGAAAUCCACUAGGCCUUCUACAGGGCGAAGGGAGAGAGGGCGUAGAAACGGCCAUACAUCGAGCGGACCCAUCCGUGAUGCGGACUUCGCGGGGGGUAAGACGUUCUAAUUGUAAACAAAUAUGGCUACGCGUAUUUAAUUUAAUUUAAUUUAAUUUAAUUUAAUAAGAUUCGGCUACUAUUUAAAUACAACAUAUAGAGCCAGGGAAUUCGCCACAGGUUUCCCCAAUUACGGCGAUCCCAUAUAAACAAGAAUGAAAUUACUGUACAAAACAAAUUUUCAAGCAACUCAACAAGCUAAAACUAAUAAGGCUAAUAACGGAAAUCCAUACUGUCCAAGUUCAAUAACAUAGAUUAUAGGACUAACAACAACUUAUUACAUUGUUAAGCGAUCUUGCUCUUUUGCACUUUACACACACUGAUUUCCAGGUGCGCGGAUCGUCACAUUUGAAUGUUUUGGAUAGUGCAUGUUUGUAGUAGAGUUUAAGACCUGAUUUAAAAGACAGCAAACCUAUAUCUCUAGUACGCAAGUUACUAUAUAAUAUGUUCCACGUUUUGCAAGUUCUUAUAAAAAAUGAGGUCUGGAAUGUUACGGUUUUCGCAUAAGGAAUAACAAAUCUAAUUAGGUUUGCGUUGGAUUCACUUCUUGUAAUUCCUGAUCCAGCCAUGAUCGGUAGAGCACGUUCGUCAAUGUACGUAAGAUUGUUGAUGAUCUUGUAGAGGAACACGAGAUCCAAGUAUUCGUGCCAAUAUGAGACAGGUAAUAUGUCAAGCUGAAGGAGUCUUGUCUUGUAAGAAAUGUCUGUGAUAAAGCCAAGAUUCAAUAUGUAUUUAGUUGCUCGUCUCUGCACUUUCUCAACGUCCUCAAUAAGUUUCACUGACUGAGGACACCAGGCUUGGGUUGCAUAGGAGAAGUUACUUCGCACAAGUUGAAGGUACAGAAGCCUUCUCGCGUUGGUAUCCGUUAUCUCCAUGGUAGAACGUCGGAUUAACCCGAGCGUUUUGUUGGCUUUUGACCGAACUUUGUUGAUCUGAACAUUCCAUAAUAGUUUAGAACUGAUCAUAAUGCCCAGAUCGGACUCUACAUCAGAAGACAAUAGUUGGUGAUCGCCAAGUGCAUAUGGGUAAAUUAAGGGAGACUUCCUUCUCGUGAUAGACAACACUUUACAUUUCGAUUUGUUAAAGCUCAACAUGUUCUCAUUUGACCAACAAUGGAGGCUUUGAAUAUCCGAUUGCAAUACCAGUGCAUCGUUACGAUUUUGCACACAUCUGUGCAGUUUGGUAUCAUCAGCAUACAAACCGACCCCAGUAGAAAUGAAUAUGUUAUCGGGCAAAUCGUUAAUGUACACCGAGAAGAGGAAGGGAGCCAGCAAUGAACCUUGUGGAACUCCGGAUGUUAUUGGUAAGGGAGUAGAUGUCGCACCGUGA